GUUACCAAAAAUCAGACUCAAUGUAGGCAUUGCAAAGAUACUGAAAUGAGCAGCACAGAAGGUCUUCAGCUGUCUCAGUGCAAAGAAAGCAAAUGACAAAGGAAGGCCACAAUGCAGAGAGCAUGUGAGGGAGAUUAGACCUUGGAGUGGCUCUUGAGCUAAAUUAGCACUUUGUUCCACCUUAAGGACAGUUCUAAUUGUGGAUGGUUAAGGGAAGAUGAUGGAAACUAAAGUUUGAAAAUAGAAGUUGUACAGCAGAGGUAAAAACAAUAUUCCAAUUGGAAGGUGAUACUGAAUAAUUUCCAUUCCAAAAUUCUAAGACACACAAGCUAUCAAAGAACCUACAAUGGGUGUUUAAUAAAUGUUCAUGAGCAUAGUGGUGCAAUGUGGCAAAAGAAAGGAUGAGUGGUUCCUUGGUUUAGGGAGGGGAAAACCCAUGAUUUAGAUAUAUACAAGUUUUUAAGUACAGUCUUGGUCACACACAAGGUUUUGGAAUGGGUUGUAGAAGGACUAUGGCAAAAGAAAUGAGAAGUGUGAUUAAUUUGAGCAACCUGAUCUACUGAAAGGUGUCCCUGCCCACAGCAGGGGCUGGAACUUGGUGAUCUUUAAAAGUCCUGUCCAACCCAAACCAUUCUGUGACUCUGUGAUUCUAACUGGGGCAAGAGAUCUUCAUUAGUAUGACCUUGCCAAUGAAGAAAACACAUUGUGUAACUGCACCCAGCUGAAAGACUGGCUAGAUGUGUUGAUCCUUGGCUGAUGACAAGAUUACAUCUAUCUGUGCAGUGUGAUGCAUCUGCAAAAAAAUAUAAUCCUAACAUGUGUUGAGAAAUAAUGUUUCCAGCAAUGAUAAGGGCUUGUCGCUGUCACGUACAGAUGGACAAGGAACAGAGAUUUCUGGUCUCCUGUGCUAGAGGUUAAUUGAAACUGGGCCAACAGCACAGAAGCAGCUGUGCAAAGAGUGGUUCUUAAGAAAUGGUAUUAGAACUGCCUGUCUCAUUUAAUGGAAAAGUAGGAGGUGAUCUGACUGCAGUCCGUAAAUGCACUAGGGAGGAAGAAAGGCUCUUUACUAUUAAAGGGAAUACUGAAAAAGAACAAACUGGUGCCAGGUAGCCACUGAUGCCAUUAGCUAAAUUGACUGUUAAAACAAAGCUCUGUAAUUUAGACCAUGUUCUGUCUGAAUAGUAAUUGGGAUUAAAAGACGCAAAACCAGAAUGAAUUAUUGUUGUUAUUCUCAUUAUAAAAUAAACCCUUCUAAAGAUGCUGGAAACAUAUUUUUUUGAAGUUAAAACUUGCCAAGUACUCUCCAUAGUGAGGAAACACAAAUGUAAUGUUCCUAAUUAAUCUGACUUUAUAUCUGACUACACAUCUGUGCUGUUAAUUUCAAGGGACAAAAUUCAUGGGUCACAUGUUGGGAAAACCAUUAAUUUCACUCAAAUAAUUACAUGCUUCUUUAAGAUUCUGUGUUCUGCUGUGUCUUGAGUUCUGUAUUUUGCUCUUUCUGCUUCUAGAAUCUUCUGUUGUUUCAGAUAUCUCUCAUACUUACUCAUCUGUAUCUACCUAUUUUAAUUAGGCUUGUAGUAUGUUACUAAAGAAAUGAUUGCCCAAGAAGCACUGAUAUGUAGUACAUUUUUCUAGUUCUCUUGAAGUAUGUGUGUGAACUGUGGCUAUGUCAACACGCAGCAUUCAAUCCCAGAAGAUUAAGUAGCCUGAAAAAAAGUCCCCCAAGUGCUUAGGUUUGAUUUGCUUCAACAACCCCACACUCAAGUUUGUAAUUUAUAAGUUAAUGGGAGGCAACUGUGCUUUACACAAGAGAAGGAGAACUUGUUUUCCCAGUAGGUGUGGCAGCUGUUACUGAUAUUAAAGAACACCAAGCAUGGAAAUGAAAUGUAUCGGCAAGGUAUCGUACCAGCAGUUUUUGCUUCAGUGUUCUUCUGAAUUGAAUGACUCUUGCAGUUUCUCUUAAAAACAUUGAAGUUUUUGCCUGGUUACAAUAAACAAUCUAUAGAUCAUACCUUAGCAAAAAAUAAAUGGAGGACUGAACAGAGCUUCACUCGUCUAUCUGCUUUAAAAGAUGCGGCAGCAUAAAGUGCAAGGACAAAGAAAUGUGCAUCCACAUUUAGUUACAUUCAGAAUGUUGUGUGGUGGGAGAAAAUCUUACUUCGCUGCUACUGUGUGCAUUGUUACUCUAACUUCAAUGAUCACACUUUCUUAUCUUAGGUUACAGAGACCUUCUCACCUGCCAAAAAUAAUUUAUGAAGUUAGCAAAUGUAGAAGGGAAAUUGCCAAUAGCACAAUAACACCAUUAACAGAUAACAGAACUUUUAUUAUAUCCCCAUACUUUGACAACAGAAAAGGCAAAGUCACUCGUGUGAUCGGGAUUGUUCACCAUGAGGAUGUAAAAGAACUGUUCUGCUGGUUCUGCUGUCAGCCCGAUGGAAAGAUCUAUGUAUCAAAAGCAACAAUCGAUGUUCACUCAGAUAGGUUUGGGUUCCCUUACGGAGCAGCAGAUAUAGUUUGUUUGGAACCUGAAAACUGCGACCCAACGCAUGUAUCCAUUCACCAGUCUCCACUUGGAAAUAUUGACCAGCUGCCAAGCUUUGAGAUCAAAAACCGCAAGGCUGAGCCCUUCCCUGUUGACUUCACUGUGUGCAUCUCUACCAUGUUUGGCCACUACAACAAUGUCUUGCAGUUUAUACAGAGCAUGGAGAUGUACAAGAUUCUCGGGGUACAGAAAGUGGUGGUCUAUAAGAACAACUGCAGCCACCUGAUGGAGAAAGUCUUGAGGUUAUAUAUGGAGGAAGGAACUGUAGAGAUAAUUCCCUGGCCAAUAAACUCACACCUCAAGGUUUCUUCUGAAUGGCACUUUUCUAUGGAUGGGAAAGACAUUGGGUAUUAUGGACAAAUCACAGCUCUAAAUGACUGUAUAUACCAUAAUAUGCAGAGGAGCAGGUUUGUGGUUCUUACUGAUGCUGAUGAAAUAAUUCUUCCCCUUAAGCACCCAGACUGGAAAACCAUGAUGAGCAGCCUGCAGGAACAGAACCCAGGGACUGCUGUUUUCCUCUUUGAGAACCAUAUCUUCCCAGAGUCCGUCUCCACUCCCAUGUUCAACAUCUCAUCCUGGAAUACUGUGCCGGGUGUUAACAUAUUAGACCAUGUUCACAGGGAGCCUGACAGGAAAGAUGUUAUAAAUCCCAGGAAAAUGAUAGUUGAUCCACGAAAAGUGAUUCAGACUUCUGUCCACUCUGUCCUCCAUGCUUAUGGGAACAGUGUGAAUGUUCCCAUGGAUGUUGCCCUCAUUUAUCACUGUCGGAAGCCCCUUCAAGCAAACCUUCCCAGAGAAUCCCUCAUCAGAGAUACAACACUGUGGAGAUACAACUCAUCAUUAAUUAGGAAUGUUAACAGGGUUCUACAUCAAACUGUACUGAAAGCUCAAAAGUGAAACCUCAGUUAUAAAGAGGGAAGGUGAAGAGCUGCCUGUGUCAUGGGGAGGCAGAGGAUAUCAUAAAAUAGAAAUCACUUCCAUAUGAAGUUUAAAUCUUACAGAGAUUUAGACUAACAGCCUUUUAAUGUGUUGUAGGUAAAUGCAUUUGAUUUUUGAACUGUGGCAUGGUACCUUGUAAGAGUCCACAGUGAUCAAAUGCUGACUAAUGAUUUAAGUUCCUCAGGUAAAGUCUCUACUGCAACCUUUUAAGAUGUGAGAGAUGAGGCAUAGUGAGAGGAUAGCUCUUUUGUAUGCCUGUAACUGUGAAAGGGCAUUAUUCCAGCCAUAGGAAGUGUCCAUGCAGAAAUUUGAAAUUUAAUUUACCAAUUUCCAGCUUUCUCUCUUUUCCUGUUCCUAUCCUCAUGCGUUUUAACUUGUACCAUGAACUGUAAACUUCCUGAAGAAGGAAUUAAUUGAGUUUUGGUUAUUUGUCUCUGAAGGACUUGGUGGUUAACAAUAUACAGCUGUGUUUAAUGGUGCCUUUUAAAAGAUGGCUUGGGACAGCAUCUCCCAGGUGAAGAGCAUUAACACUCUAACCCAUUAUAAUCACAAAGGCAGGGUAAGCAAACCCACCACCUAUAGCACUGGAGCUGUCACUUGUUAGAGGUAUUUCUUCUUAAGGGAAAUGAGAAUUCAUAGCAGAGCCAUAAGUCAUUUCAUGAAACCAAGCAUCAAUGCAGAUGGUAUUCCUUCUGGAAAAUGUAAAAUGAGGUUAUUUUCACUAAGGAAAAAUAAAAAUCAGUAUUUCUCAACUGAUUCAAAUAAUGCAAAAGGCUGUGCAGAGUUUUCAACCAGUGUACAAAAGAUAACCACUAUGGUCCUUAGUAUUAAUGUUGUUUAAUUCUUGCAGUUUGUAUGUCACUGUUCGGGUACAAAAUUUCUAUGUGCCCAGUUGAGUAAGAGGCAAACUAAUAAAUUGUGAAAAUAAUUGA